AUGACACAAGAAGCGAAAAAAGUAUCCCCCGCAGUCUACGGUAAACUUACACCGCCAGUUAUGGAGAAAGGUAGGGUGACUUAUUGUACCGACUUGGAGAAGUCUGUGAUAAUGAGCAACUUCGAGCGCCGCGGCUGGAUCCAAGUGGGGCCCGACGAUGAAUGGAACUUUUACUGGUCCUUCACACAAAAUUGCCGAACAAUUUUCAGUAUCGAGAGCGGCUACAGAAUGAACGACAACCAAAUGAUAAAUCACUUUCCUAACCAUUACGAAUUGUCGCGUAAAGAUUUAUUAGUAAAAAAUAUCAAAAGAUACAGGAAAGAGCUUGAGAGGGAAGGUAAUCCCUUGGCUGAAAAAACAGAGGUACCUUUACCCAAUGGACAAGUGAUUACCCGCUAUAUACACUUAGAUUUUAUACCUGUGACCUAUGUACUACCUGCUGACUACAACAUGUUUGUUGAAGAGUACAGGAAGUCUCCUCAGAGUACAUGGAUUAUGAAACCAUGCGGAAAGUCACAGGGUGCAGGAAUAUUUCUAAUAAACAAAUUAUCGAAACUAAAGAAGUGGUCCCGCGAAGCGAAAACUCCCUUCCACCCUCAGCUGACGAGUAAAGAAAGUUACGUUAUAUCACGUUACAUUGACAAUCCAUUGCUAAUUGGUGGAAAGAAAUUUGACCUGCGGCUGUACGUUCUGGUGACAUCAUUUCGCCCUCUAAAAGCGUAUUUAUUCCAACACGGCUUCUGUAGGUUCUGUACUGUGAAAUAUGAUACGAGUGUAACUGAGCUCGAUAACAUGUACGUGCAUUUGACUAAUGUGAGCGUACAGAAGCACGGUGGGGAUUACAACAGUUUGCACGGCGGGAAAAUGAGUAUCCAGAAUUUCCGUCUAUAUUUGGAAGGUACGAGAGGCCGCUCUGUAACCGAUAGAUUGUUUGCAGAAAUGCAGUGGCUUAUUGUUCACUCUUUGAAAGCUGUUGCACCCGUUAUGGCUAACGAUCGGCACUGUUUUGAGUGUUACGGAUAUGAUAUCAUAAUAGAUAAUACUCUCAAGCCUUGGCUUGUAGAGGUGAACGCUUCACCAUCUUUACAAUCGACAACUCAUAAUGAUAGAAUAUUGAAAUACAAAUUAAUUGAUAACAUCGUGUCAGUGGUUGUACCACCAGAUGGUAUUCCCGAUGCUCGGUGGAAUAAGAUUCCGACAGCUGAAGCGCUCGGUGACUUCGAACUGUUGAUUGAUGAAGAGCUCAUGGAAAAAGAAGAUGCCAAUUCACGUUACAACAAAUUCCAUCGCGUCAGAACAUAA